AUGUCUGGGGCGCCUGGAGAGGCUGGGCCUUAUGGGUCUGGGCCGGAGUCGCCACUGGCGGAAGGCACCAGGUUCUUCUGCACCGCGGGCCGCGGCCUAGAGCCGUUCUUGAUGCGAGAGGUGCGGGAACGGCUGGCGGCCACGCAGGUUGAAUAUGUUUCAGGAAAGGUUUUUUUCACCACCUGUUCUGAUUUGAAUAUGCUGAAAAAGUUAAAAUCUGCAGAAAGAUUAUUUUUGUUGAUUAAAAAACAGUUUCCACUUACUUCUGUAAGUAAAGGAAAAAUAUUUAAUGAAAUGCAAAGACUUAUAAAUGAUGAUCCAGGAAGUUGGUUGAAGGCCGUUUCAGUUUGGAAAAAUCUUCUUGAACUUGACACAAAAAAUGAACAACUUUCUCAAGGAAGUUCUAACUCAUUUAAAAGAAAAUUAGAAGAAAAUGAAAUUACCAUUACUAAGAAACUAAAAACAGAACAAAUCCAAGAGAUACAAGAGAAUAGGGACUGCCAGCUGCAAAACCAAAUUGGAGAAGAAACACUGGUGCAAGAAGAUUUUAUUACUAAACAAGAAAAUUUUCAAGAAGAAGAGUUUCAAAAUGAUGUAGAGAAAGCAAUUGUUGGUCAUAACCAGAAAGACUUGACUUUCAGAGUGUCUUGUCGCUGCACUGGGGCUGUUGGAAAGACCUUUAGUGCUCAGGAAGUAGGAAGAGUAAUUGGUAUUGCUCUUAUGAAACAGUUUGGAUGGAAAGCUGAUUUGAGGAAUCCAAAUUUAGAGAUAUUUAUACAUCUAAAUGACAUUUAUUCUGUGGUAGGGAUUCCUAUUCUCAGGGUUCCUUUAGCCAGCAGAACUUACAUCAGGACAGCUGGACUGCGAUCUACCAUAGCAUGGGCAAUGGCAUCUCUUGCUGAAAUUAAAGCUGGUACGUUUGUUUUAGAUCCAAUGUGUGGACUUGGAACAAUACUUUUGGAAGCUGCUAAAGAAUGGCCAGGUGUGUAUUAUGUGGGUGCUGAUGUCAGUGACUCACAAUUACUAGGGGCACAUGACAAUCUGCAGGCUGCAGGCCUUAAUGAUAAAAUCGAACUACUUAAAGUCUCUGUUGUAGAAUUGCCAUUGCCUUCAGAAAGUAUUGAUAUUAUUAUUUCUGACAUUCCAUUUGGAAAAAAGUUUAAGUUAGGAAAAGAUAUCAAAAGCAUUCUACAAGAAAUGGAAAGAGUACUUCAUGUUGGCGGAACCAUUGUACUAUUACUAAGUGAAGAUUACCACAGGCAUCUUAAAGAUUGUCACCAGAACAGCAUCCCUUUGAAUUCCAAGAGCAGCCACACAGAUGAACCUGGAAUUAAAAAGUGCUUGAAUUCUGAGGGAAAAAAUGGCAUAUCAGAGACAUUGUCGUCUUCAUAUCAAGCCAGUAACCAAGAGGACGUAGACAAAAUGUCACCAUUUGGCUCUUUGGUGCCAGUGGAAUGCUACAAAGUUAGCCUUGGAAAAACAGAUGCAUUUAUAUCUAAAUAUAGGAAGUCACACUCCUCUGGACUAUAG